AGAUUCCUUACCAACCGAUGAUAUCGCUGUUUCUGCUAUCGAACUACCUGACCCAGAUCCGGAUGAUUUGAACACGGAAAAUUCUCUUAAAGCUGUUGAAAAGAAGUGGGCUGAUCUUGCUCUUAAUCGAAUCACUACGCAAUAAGAAAAAUGGAGUUCCCUUCUUUAGGUGAGAGAUGCAACAUGGCAGUAUGCCAACAAUUGGAUCUCCUUCCUAUUCUCUGCUCCUAUUGUCAAAAACAUUUUUGUAAAGCACAUUUUCAACCUUUUGAUCAUUCUUGCUACUCCUACCAUGAUUCUUCAUCUAAAGCAUCAGAAAAACCCUCUCCAGAAAUGCAUGUUUGUUCUCUUGCAAACUGUUCUACAAAGGAAUUGGUCCAAAUGUCAUGUUCUUUCUGUGAUUUACACUUUUGCCUUCAACACCGUCAUCAAGUUGACCACCAGUGCUCUAAACUAGAAAAACCUGUGGAAAAAAUGGUGCAGACUGCUGAACUGAUAAAGCAGAUCCAGUUAAAGAACACAGGGAAAAAAACAAGUUGUCGUGGAGUGAAAUCAGAAAAACUUGCUGCUAAAGUACAAUUAAUGAAGCUCAAACAAAACUCAAUAGGUGUGAAUGAACUUCCAGCUGAGGAGAGAGUGUACUUUUCAGUUAAAACUCCAUUGCAGGUUCAAGUGGCUGUAUUUGUUUCAAAGUUUUGGUCUAUGGGGAAAUGUAUUGAUUUUAUUGCAUCUGCAAGCAAAACUGCUAACUUUAAUAAUAUUGCAGGAAAACCUCACCUUAAUUUGUUUUCUCCAUCUGGCGAUUGUCUGUCAGAAAAAAAAGAUGUCACAAUCGCAGAAUUGAUUGACGAAGAAACACUUUUCAACGGGCAAACUGUUGUCAUGAAAUAUGUUGAUCAAUAAACUUUUCAAA